CACUCUGAAAUUACCAACGGAAUGAAGUUUAGACUUUCUUCCUUCUAGAGACUUAGUAGUUUUACCAGCUAGGACGGGUGAAUCUGAAGGAAUUCUCCUCUGGGCUUGCAUUAUGGAAAAUAGCUCUCAGUCCAGCAGUCAACAGGCUCUAUGGAAAGAUGUGGAGGUCGGAAAAGAGAAGAAGACCAGGUACCGGAGUUACCAGCGAGGAGCCCUGAUUCUAGGGGUGGUCUUCUUGAUGUUAACGCUGGGCAUCUUCAGCCUCAGACACUUCUGGAGCCCAAGUCUGGCGAGGGUGUACGACCAACAUUACAAGGCCAUGCUGGACGGUAUGGAGACAGACAGUAUCAUGGAGAUUGACCCCGCCCACCGCAUUGAGAUCUUCAGGAUGGGGAACGGCAGUGAUGAGGUGCUCGAGGUCCACGACUUCAAACAUGGAAUCACAGGGAUCUGGUUCGCCAAACACCAGCGGUGUUACAUCAAGACCCAGACCACAGAGCUUCCCAAAGUGACAGAGGUGGUGACAGUGGACACAGAGCUACUGGUGGGUGAGACAGAGGGCAUAGACAUGCAGGUGAUGGAGGACUCCCAGGUGUGGGUGCCUGCCGAGGAGCCCAUCGCUAACCCAGCCUUCCUCCUCAACUCCAAGAUCUGGGAGAUAUGCCAGGAGCUGCCCAUCCACUGGAUCCAUCCCUCCCCCAUGAGAGAUGCUGAGUUCCACGAGGUGGAGGAUGAGGAGGACAUACCUGAUGCUGAGGUCAGAGGUAACCGCGUCGUUCGUGACGUCCUGGACCAGGUUCCUGUCAACGACUACAGAGACAUUGGAGUUGAGCUGGAUAACCGUCUGGAUGACCAUGGCUACUGCUGCCAGCACUGUCGUCGUGGUUACCGCUACUGCCAGCGCUACUACGAGCCUCUGGGAGGGUUCAACCCCUACCCCUACUACUACCAAGGAGGACGUGUCAUCUGUCAGAUCAUCAUGCCCUGCAACUGGUGGAUAGCCCGUAUGCUCGGGAGGAUCUGAUUGGAUAGUGGAACUGGAUUCAACUAUGUUUCAGCACAAAUGACAGGUGCAUUCAUUUAAGGCUGGAUUUACACUGCAGUAGGCUUAGUGUCUCAGCAACCGCAAAGAGACUUUAGUGCAUGCCAGAAUUUGUAUUAACUCUAAGCAAGGAUAAGUGACAUUUUGCUUUUGUGAACACUUGGUAGAGUGUAAACCCAGCCUAGGCCCACCCGGGGCACCAGGUGGGUGAAGUUUGCACAUUUGAGACAAUUACAUUGGUCCUAAGGUGCAAACUCCGCCCAACUGGAUCAUUCGGUGAGGUAAAAUGAAUGCACCCCUUGCUACUCCCCAAUCAGUAUUCCAAAGCCUUUGUGAUAUCAAAACAUUUCUAGUAUACAAUUAUUACCCAUCCUAUCUUUGAAAAUAAUCAAAUCUACUGUCAGUCUCUCAUAAGUCUAAAUGAAGUUUUGGGAGCAUCUAGGUGAUUUCUCUAAAAGGCCUUGAUGCGUCAUCGGUAUGCUGAAGUGCAAUUUUUCUUUCAACAUAUUAAAUAUUUUUUAAAGAAUUUGUAACAGUAGCUAAAGAGCUAGUUUUGGCUGUUUCUCACGGUACUGCAUUUCUUUCUCAUUUCAUUUCCUUCUUAAUCUUUUUUAUGGGUGGCGUGUAACCGACUUUCUCUUGCUGUGUGGAGCAGACCUGGGUUCAAAUAGUAUUUGAUUUCUUUCAAAUACUUUGAGCUUUUGAUUGAGCUUUCCUGGAGUGCUAGAUCGAUCAGGGUUUGCAUUUUUGGUACUAUCCCGGUGGUCCAAUCGCACAAGACAAACACAGCUAAAGUAUUUGAAAGAAAACAAAUACUAUUUGAACCCACGUCUGCUGUGGCCUAUGACAACCAACAAUGUAUUUUAUGUAGAACAUACUGAAGUGCUGUAGCCUGCUCACUCUGUCAAGAGCAUUUAACCCUUUCUAGACUAAAAAUAAUAUAUGUCCUAUUUUUUGUGAAUGAUCUGUUUUGACUAUUGUUUACUACAAUUAGCAUGUUUAACUUGAAAUAUAUAUGUAUUGAUGAGAAGGUAUAUAAAUACAUAGCAAAAAACUAUCAGAAUGAGUCGACUAAUUAUAAUAAAGCAGCGGCUAUAGAUAUGCUUAAUUCUUCUAA